AAGAUCAAGCUCGAGAUUCUUCUCCCCAUUUUUCUAAUCUUUGUGGGUCCUCCGCUGUCGAUAUGCACAGCGACGAAGAAUUUUUAGGGCACAUCACGAAGAAAAUCAAAAUCACGGCCAACAAUGGAUGGGAACACGUCUUUGCAAGAGGUGGAAUCAAAUCGCGCUUUACAAAAACUACCGCCGUAGAUGCGACAGAAUUCCUCAAGAACUAUCGUCAACGAGCACAAAAACAGAGUCUUGAAAUACUUAUCUCCUUACCUUUGGAUAUCCUAUUCGAGAUCUUUGGGAGGCUACUUCCACUCGACUUACUUCAUCUCUCACGCACUACCAAGGCUCUGCGCUCUGUGCUGAUGCACCGCUCAUCUACCACCGUGUGGAUGGCUGCGCGCUCCAAUGUAAAGGGCAUGCCUGCUUGUGCUGAUGACAUGUCAGAGCCUGUGCAUGCGAGCCUCGCGUUCGAUAUGCAUUGUCACACCAAAUGUGCGCAAUGUUGACUGGAACCUCCGAGUCAGGUACUGCCAAAAAUGCUUCAAAGAACGUACAGAGGUUGUCGAUGAUAAGUUCAAAACAACGUAU